AUGUCUCAACUGAAGGACAGAGGCACGGUGGCCCACGCCGAAAUGGCGCCAGAUCCAGAGUCCAUGAAUGGCAAGGGCAAAUUCGUCGUCACUGCAAACCAGUCUCUUGCUCGCUUCCAGAAACAUCAACACUCCUUGACUAUCUAUGAGGCUCUCAAAGAAAAUUACAAGCCACUCCUCUGGUGUGAGUUGCGUUUUCUGUACAUCCCCAAGUUUAACCCCGGACUUACCCAAUACCCCACAGGCGCAUACAUGUUCUUCGUUUGCAUCAUGUACGGCUAUGAUGCUUUGGUCAGUAGCGUCGUCAUUUCCAUCGCCCAGUUCCGCAAGGACUUUGGAUACCUCUAUGGAAACGAGUACGUUGUCGGCGCAGACUGGCAACUGGGUUUCCAGGCUGGGUUCUUUGCUGGCCUUGCUCUUGGCGGUAUUGCCGUCGGGCCUGUCGUCGGACGUUUCGGAAGAAAAUGGACAAUUGCAGGCGCCUACAUUAUCAACAUUGCAGGCGUCUUCCUCCAAUACUUCUGUACAACACCAGCGCAGUUCCUCGGGAGUAAGCUCUUGACUGGUUUUCCUCUUGGUGCAUUCGCCACGAUUGCUCCAACCUACGCCUCCGAAAUGUCACCUCUUGCCGUUCGAGGAGCCAUUACAGGGGGCAUGAAUCUUGCCAUUGUGCUCGGAAAUACGAUCGGAUACGGAGUGCUGCGUGAGGCGGGCCAUUACAUGGGUAAGGCAACCUACCGCAUCUUGUUCGCUGUGCAAUGGGGUUUUGUUGGGGUUUGCCUUGCCAUUUUACCAUUCUUGCCCGAAUCUCCAUACUGGUUCAUUACCCAUGGCCAGGAGGACAAAGCUCGCGCUAUCCUCGACAAACUACACAGCCCCUCCUACGACGUCGACGGCCGUAUUGCCGAGAUCAAGUCCGCUUUGCAACAAGAGACUGAGACCCAGCAGAGCCAGGGAAGCUUCAAGGAUUGCUUCAAUGCCCAAAAUUGGAGGCGAACACUCGUCGCGGUCAUGGCGUUUGUCAUUCAAAACUUUUCUGGCAUGGGCUGGGUGGUUGGCUACAUGAGCUACUUCCUGCAGCUGGCGGGCAUGUCCGCUUCGAGGUCCUUCGAUAUGACAGUUAUAAUCUCGGGCGUUAUGGUUGUGGGGAAUAUGUGCAGUUGGUUCCUUGUCGAGUAUCUUGGUCGUCGAGGCACGCUGCUCUGCGGCUCCAGCAUUCUCUUCGUUUCGCUUCUCAUAAUUGCUAUUUUGGCGGUCACAGUGACGAGCCAGAGUGGUUUGACAGCACAGAUCGUACUGAUGGGUGCAUGGGGUUUCACGUAUCAGGGUACUGUGGGAGCAGUAGCCUGGCCCAUCGCCUCAGAGAAUGCGACAUCGUCUCUACGCACACCCACGCAGGCUCUUUGCACUAUUGUCAACGCUUUAACCGCAUCCAUCUGGGGUCUGUCCCUGCCAUAUGCCGUUAACCCUGACCAGGGCAACAUGCAGGGCAAGAUUGGCUUCAUUUACGCUGCACUUCUCCUACUCUCCAUUGUUUUCAUCUACUUCUUCGUGCCUGAGACAAAGGGUAGGACGUACUCCGAGAUUGACCAACUCUGGGAGCUUGGUGUGCUUCCACGAAAGUGGUCUCAGCAUGAGAUCGUCGUUAUUGAAAACACCAAUACGGGAAAGGAUGCAGAUGGUGAAUAA